UGAAUUUGAUCUCAAUCAAGUGUAGGGUCAACUUCAUAAUUUUGAAUAAUUACAGGACCAAUCCGUUAGCCACUCUUUACGCUACCAAAAAAGAAGAGAAAGUAACUUUGGGCCACCAAUUUUUCAAUUAUAUCACUUUCACUUUCCUUUUUUGGCCUCAUCACAUCCAUUUCACUCGGUUUUACAAGGCAAGAACUUGUGAACACAUAGAAAUUGAACAAGCAGAGAUAUACUUGCACUUUGAGUUGUAAAAAGCCAUGGCAAAGAUUGUAGCUUUGUUUGUUCUUUGCUUAGUACUAUUUGCUUCUAUUGCUGCUGCCCAUUUUAUGGACACUUUCCUUGUUGUUGGCAAAGUUUAUUGUGACACUUGCCGUUGUGGCUUUGAGACCUCUGCCUCCAAGUAUCUUCCUGGGUCAAGGGUCAGAAUUGAGUGCAAGAAGAGGGACACCAACGACAUUGCAUACACCGUUGAAGGUGUGACAAACUCUAAAGGAGAAUACAAGAUCUUGGUGAACAGUGACCGUCGUGAUGAAUUUUGCGAUGUGGUCCUCAUCAGAAGCUCUGAUCCUAUGUGUGCUGAGCCCAACAAGGGUCGUGAUCGUGCCCGUGUUGUCCUCACUCCUAACAAUGGCAUGGUCUCUAGCACUCGCUUUGCUAACUCUAUGGGGUUCCUCUCAAAUGAGCCUCUUGCUAGCUGCACUAAAAUCCUCCAGCAGUACGAGUUUUCAGAAGAUCAAUUUUAAAUGGUUUACACAAUAUUUUUAUUAUUAUUAAUUAUGAAUCUGUAUGUUAUAUUGUCAAGAUUGAUGCUUGUUCGUGUUUGAUUUUCUAGUGUUAUGUGUAAUGUCUCCUUUUGGAGUUAAAAGAGCUAAUCUUGCAAAUACAGUCAAACCUCUA